CAGACACUGCUGCCCCUGAGCCUCCUGCGCCGCCCACUCAUGGUCAACCCCACCGUGUUCUUCAACAUCACCAUCAAUGGCAAGCCCCUGGGCCACGUCUCCUUGGAGCUGUUUGCAGACAAAUUUCCAAAGACAGAAGAGAACUUCCGUGCUCUGAGCACUGAGGAGAAAGGAUUUGGUCAUAAAGGUUCUUGUUUUCACAGAAUAAUUCCGGCAUUUAUGUGCCAGGGUGGUGGCUUCAGAUGCCAUAAUGGCACUGGCGGCAAGUCCAUCUAUGGGGAGAAAUUUGAUGAUGAGAAUUUCCUCCUGAAGCAUACGGGUCCUGGCAUCUUGUCCAUGGCAAAUGCUGGCCCCAACACAAACGGUUCCCAGUUUUUCAUCUGCACUGCCAAGACUGAGUGGUUGGAUGGCAAACAUGUGGUCUUUGGCAAGGUGAAGGAGCACAUGAAUAUUGUGGAAGCCGUGGAGUGCUUUGGGUCCAGAAACUACAAGACCAGCAAGAAGAUCACCAUUGCUGACUGUGGACAAAUCUAA